AUGGGCAGAACGGAUGACUCGCCGAGGCAGUCCAUCGCGUUGGGCGCCCACAAGACGAAGAGCAAGGAGUUCUAUGACAUCGUCAGGCACAUAGGCGAAUGUAAGAACAAGUCGGACGAGGACGCCAUCAUGCGCAGGGAGGUCAUGAUGCUGCGCACGGUCCUCACUGGGCCGAAGUUGGAGAAGGCCAAGCUCAAGGAGUAUCUCAUUCGCCUCAUGUACGUCGAGAUGCUCGGCCACGACGCCGCGUUCGGCUACAUCCACGCAGUGAAGGCGACGAACGAGUCGGAAGUAUCGCUGAAGCGUGUCGGAUACCUCGCCACCUCCGCCUUCCUCGACGAAAACCAUGAACUCAUCAUCCUCAUCGUCAACACCGUGCAGCAAGAUCUCAAGAGCGACAACUACCUGGUGGUGUGUGCGGCGCUCACCACCAUCUGCAGGCUGGUCAACGAGGAAACCAUCCCGGCUGUGCUGCCGCAGGUUACGGAGCUUCUCAACCACCCGCAGAUGCACGUGAGGAAGAAGGCGGUGAUGGCGCUGCACAAGUUCCACCUGAAAUCCCCUUCGUCGGUGUCGCACCUGCACGGCAAGUUUCGGCAGAUGCUCUGCGACAAGGACCCGAGCGUCAUGUCCGCGGCGCUCUGCGCGCUGCACGACCUGACCAUCUCGGAUCCCGGUCCGCAGAAGAACCUCGUGCCUUCAUUCGUGUCAAUCCUCAAGCAGGUGGUGGAGCACAGGCUGCCCAAAUCGUACGACUACCACCGCGUGCCGGCUCCGUUCAUUCAGAUCCGGCUGCUGAAGAUCCUCGCCGCGCUGGGCGCGGCGGACCAGAAGGCGGCGACAGAGAUGUACUCGGUGCUGAACGCUGUUCUCAAGAAGGGCGAUAAUCAUAGCAGCAUAGGAAACGCCAUCGUUUACGAGUGUGUGCGCACCGCGGCGAGCAUCUACCCAUCGCCGGUGCUGCUGGAGCACUGCGCCGGGGUGGUGUCCAGGUUCGUCAAGUCCUCCAACAACAACCUCAAGUACGCCGGGCUGGAUGCGCUGUCGUGCAUCGUGAACAUCAACCCGAACUACGCUACGGAGCACCAGAUGGCGGUGGUGGACUGCCUGACGGACCCGGACGAGAGCCUCAGGAAGAAGACGCUGGAUCUUCUGUACCGCAUGACCAAGUCGAAUAAUGUCGAGGUCAUCGUGGAGAAGAUGAUGGAUUUCCUGAGGGACGCGACGGACCACCACUUGCGGGAGGAGACCGCGACCCGCAUCGGCGAGCUGGCGGAGAGGUACGCUCCGAGCACGCAGUGGUUCAUAACCACGAUGAACGUCCUGUUCGAGGUUGGCGGCGACGUCGUGAAGCAGUCCACGGCUCACAAUCUCAUGGCGCUCAUCGCGGAGGGCAGCGGCGAGGACGCCAACGACGCGACGCUCCGACGCUCCGCCGUCGCCGCCUACCUCGGGCUCAUCUCCAAACCCAGGAUCCCGCGGGUGCUCUUCGAGGUGAUCCUAUGGGUCGUGGGCGAGUACGGGACGCUGAGCGGUCAGAGUCCCCAGGCGCUGAUGGACACACUUUGUACCGCGGUUGAGGCCCAGCCCGAGGGCGACGCGGUGCAGGCGCAGGCGAUGACCGCGUGCGCCAAGCUCGCGGCUGCGGGCGGGGGUCAGCUGUCGGAGAAGGCGACCAAACUCGUGAACCGAAAUCUGAACAGCAGAAGUAUUGACCGCCAGCAGCGAGCCUACGAGAUCACGGCGCUUCUGCGGGAGAACCCGGCGCUUGUCGCGGCGGCGUUACCGCAGGAUGCCAGCUGCGAGGAUCUCGAGGUAAACCCGGCUUUGCCAGCCCUGGACGCGUACGUCAACAAGGCUCUCGCCGAGGGUGCUUCGGCGUACCUUCAGCCGUCCGAGCGUUCUACGGGCCUGAGGGAGGCCGGGGGCGGCGGGUUAUCUCACGAGGUCGCGGGAUCGCUUCGGUUUGAUGCCUACGACGCGCCC